CACUGAAAAUUCAAGGUCAGUUCGAGAGAAUUGUAACCUCAAAACGGAGCGACAAUUUCUUGAAUUCAGUGUAAACAAACAUUGAAAAUGAGUAACAUUUACAUUCAAGAACCUCCCACAACGGGGAAAGUGGUAUUGAAAACGUCAAUAGGAGAUUUGGAACUGGAAUUAUGGACGAAAGAAGCUCCAAAAGCCUGCAGAAAUUUUAUACAAUUGUGCAUGGAGGGUUACUAUGAAAAUACAAUUUUUCAUAGACUUGUGAAAGGAUUCAUCGUCCAAGGCGGUGAUCCUACCGGUACCGGAGAAGGAGGAGAAAGUGUUUACGGACACCCAUUUAAGGAUGAAUUCCAUACACGACUGCGUUUUUGCCGAAGAGGCUUAUUGGCCAUGGCCAAUGCUGGAAAGGACGAUAAUGGAUCUCAAUUUUUCUUUACCCUUGCUGCUACACCAGAGUUACAAAAUAAACAUACAAUAUUUGGUAAAGUCACUGGUGAAACGAUUUACAACAUGCUUAAGCUCGAAGAAGCUCUUGUCGAUGAGAACGAGAGGCCUUCUUAUCCACAAAAAAUACUCAAAACCGAAGUGAUAACAAAUCCAUUUAAAGAUAUUGUUCCAAGGGAUUUAGGAAAAUCCGCAAUUGAAGAAAAAAAGAGUGAGAAGCCGGCUAAAAAAUCAGGCGUAAAGAACUUCAAACUUUUGUCAUUCGGUGAAGAAGCGGAAGAGGAUGAGGAAGAAACAGUAGUUUUGAAUAAGAAAUUUGUAGGAAAAAGUAAAUCGGCCCACGACAAUUUGUCAGACCCGAAAUUGAGUUCGGAAAUUGAGCCUCUUAAAAUGCCAAAUCGGGACGAGAAUUCUGCGAGUGACAAAGAAACAAAAGAGCAAACUCGAGAAAUAACUGAUCGAAUAAAGAAUAAAUUAAGCGCCAAAAGACGAAAACCAAACGACGAUCGUUCCUCCGCGAACGAAGCGCCAAAAAAUGAGGAAGAUGAGGAGGAAGAAUAUUAUUUGGGAAAGGAUAGAAUUGAAGGGCGUAGAAAAGAAGCGGAAGCAAUACGGAAAGAAAUACGAGAAUUAAAACGUGGCGUUCGUGACGAAACUCGGGCGAAGGAAAAGCGUACAGAAGAAACUGCACAGAAGGAAGAUAAAACGAAAAAAGAAUACAUGAAAGAAUACAUUGAAACUCGAGAGAAAUACGACGAGGCCAAAACCAAAGUACCUAAAAAGGGAAAAUCGCGAGAAGAAUUGACACUGAGUCUUCUGAAGAAGUUCCGAGGAAAAUUGGCAAGUGCGAAAGAAGAAGCAACCACGGGAGGACUAUCGAGCGAGGAAGCAAGUGAAGCUCGAUCGAAGAGCAGAGAAAAAUUGGGAGGAUCGAAGAUGGACGACGAGAACGACGAUGGAAACGAUGGAUCGUGGUUUGCCCACUCUUUACAAUGCGACGAGAAAGACGCUGUAUUGGCGAAGGAUGCGAGUACGAAGGACGACGAUUGGUUCGAGAUAACGGAUCCCAGAAAUCCUUUAAAUAAAAGACGGAGAGGAGAAACUCAGUCCUCUCAUCGAGGGAGGCACAAGUGAGAGAGUUUAAGAGUGGAUCAAACAAUUUUCGGUUGCAACGAAAAUGUAAAAACUUCUUUUUCCAACUCUCCCGAAAAUUCCGACUCCGAUAGAAUAUCAUUUCACUGGAAUCACGCUUGGGAAAAAAGUUGUAAAAAACUGUAAAAAUCAAUCAAAAAAAGUAAUUGAAAAUCCGAAAAUA